GCAAGAUUCAACCUCGAGCGCGCCGACUUGAUAAUUCUUUCGAAAUGAGCUCUUUUGGGGCGAAGCGCAAAGCAAAGGUCAUCAAGGUGGUGGAUGACGAUGAGCCUGGCGCAGAACCAGCUACCGCCAGCAUCGGCGACGCGACGAAAGCUGAAUCUCCGAAGCCAGUUUUCGAAUCUAAAUCCGGACGAAAACCUUUCCGACAAUCAGGCCUACGGAAGAGUUUCAACCCAGCCGAUAGCGGCAGCCUUGGAGAGGCGAUACCAGUCGACAAUGGCGACGAUGACGAUGACGGCCCCGUCGUGGUUCGACCAGCGAUCAGCCGGUCCAGUUCCCUGAAAAACAAGAAGCGCCCUAAUAAGUCUUCGCGCCUCUCGUUUGGUGGAGACGAUGCGACCGCGGGCGAGGAGGAGAAUACCGAAGUGUUUACGCCGAAGAAGGUACCACUGGGUCAGCGAGCUCUGGAGAAUAGCGCCAUCAAGAGGGGGAUAUCGUCAAGGGGGCUUCCGAUGCGAUCGCUGGGCGACGAUGAAGACCGGCCUAAAUACAGCAAGGAGUACCUCGACGAACUUCAGUCUUCAACGCCCAAUACCCCGCAGAAAGUCUCCACGAUAUCUCCUGACGAAGUCGACGCGAUGGAUCUCGAUAUUUCCGAACUCGACGGUGCCCUUGUCGUCGAUUCUGCCGAUCUAGGCACCUCGAAGUUUAGCACCACAAUUCUCACCGACGCCGAGAUCCGCGAGAAAAAGGAGCGCCGAGCCCGGUUAGCAAAGGAACAGGACUUCCUAUCCCUCGACGACGAUGAAGACAGUUUCGGUCGCAAGAAGAAGGAUGAUACCCGGUUGAUUGCGGAGGAUGAGGAACUAGGAGAAGGCUUUGAUACUUAUGUCGAGGAUGGCGGAUUGUCUCUUGGCAAGCGGGCUGAAAAAGAACGGCGCAAACAGGACCGACGACAAAUGGCCGAGCUCAUCACGGCAGCCGAGGGGCACACAUCCGACUCGUCCUCUGACAGUGAUGCUGAGCGGCGAAUCGCGUACGAAGCUGCACAGACCCGUGCGGGCAUGGAUGGCUUGAAGAAGCCUCGAAAGGAUCCGGGUCAGGAUUUACUGCAGGUGCCACCAAAGAUCUCACCUCUACCUAGCUUAACGGAAUGCCUUUCCCGACUACAAACCACUCUCAAAGGAAUGGAAGCGGACAUGACGGGAAAACAGGCCCGAGUCGAGAAACUAAAGAAAGAGCGGGAGGAGAUCGUGAAGAGGGAAGAGGAAGUUCAGGCUUUGCUUGACGAAACGGGUCGGAAAUACAAAGAAGCAAUGGAGUCUACCAAAAUUGGGGACUCGGCUGUGCCGAACACCGCACCAGCUGAGUUGGCUGGAGCAAGAGGGUUAGAAAGUCUCGGGACUCCGUCAAGGAAACCAGAGGACGAUGAUGAAGUAUCAUAGCCUCGUGGGAAAUGGCUUGACCGGACAAGUCAUCAAUAUCACAAAUUAUGCAUCGCUGUAUCAGCGAUGGGUCCCGCCACGAAACAUCCCAUCACAUGUGCUGCACCGCUCCUCCCAUGUAAUACUACAGCUCCAUUUCCCGAUAGCCCUUCACAGGGCGUGACUAUUGGCGCACUUGGGGACCUAGAGAUUGGAUAAUUGAGAAUGCGGAGAGCAAAGAGUUACAAGGGUUUGUGCGAUGGUCCGUUACAUACUUAGACAGCGAGAUGGAUAGUGAGGUACUCCUGCGAUGGUUGGACCCAGGUAGGCCAAAGGCAGACUGAUCCGAGGAU